UCAUUUUAAAAAAGCGAAACACGUUUUCAGACGUCCGACCGACCAGGUCCAUGAGACUCAUGCGCACGCAGAUCAAAGGUCAUGCUUUCCCAUUCUCCUUUCUCCCUGUACAAAGAUAGCACUCCUGUCCUGGUUCUUUAUGGUCUGCACACACCCCCCCUCCUCACACCCCACUCUUUUUGGGGGGGGCUUUGUUCAUUGAUGACGCAUCUGGCUUUAUGUUCAUUGAGUUUGGAUAGACGUUUGGAGUGGCUCAGAUACCCGAAUAGAGGCCCUUAUCGAAAUACUUUCCGUCCUAUACCUGAAUGCGAAGAGUGCUCAACAUCUGCUGUGCUGCUCAGUCACUCUACAACACCACGCUGCUCGUAUGCUUCUAGACAUGCGCCUCGUACCAUCAAAACCACGUUUUUUUUGCCGUCCCAGCCGUCCGUGCGGCCGGGAACAGGUGGACCGCUCCACGCAUGCAAGCCGCAUGCAGCUCUGCCGCAAGGUUGCAGUAUUAUGCGCUGUCACCUGAUCGCGCAGACGCGCGUUGAUUUGGGGUUAUGCCGGGCCGGCACUUGCCGCCCACACGAGAGAGAGAGAGAGAGACGGACUUAGGAUAUUGAAAAGUCCCUUAUCCCAGAACAUGGGGUUCUGUUCUGCAGCGACAAGGGCUGAG